AUGUCGCAGCCACCACCCAAACCAACACCCUUUGAUGGUGAUCCAGCUCGCUACCUCAAAUUUCGAUCRAACUUUAGAGAUCAAGUUGAAAGUAAACCGUCUCUAACUGACAGCGAAAGAAUGAACUACCUUAUGGCCUACACAACAGGAAAGGCCAGAGAAGCAAUAGAAUAUUAUGAAGGAUUGCCYAACGGAUGUCAACUUGCUCUUCAUGUCCUACAACAGAGAUUUGGUCAAAACGCCAUGAUUGUACAGGCGUUGAAGUCGUCUAUUAUUCAGGGACCAAAGUUGAAGGCUUAUGAUAAUGCUGGUUUCUUAGCAUUCUCUGACAAACUUGAAAAUUGCUACGGGUCCAUGCUUGAACUGAAAUCAUCUGAAUUGGACUGUACAACAAAUUUCAAGCUAAUUUACGAUCGUCUGCCUGACAGCCUACARAGAAAGUGGCGAAAUGAAGCAAAGUUGUAUCGCCUUAAAUCGAAUGGAAAGGAACCAACUUUGAAGGAACUUUGUGCCUUUGUUGCUUCAGAGGCGCAAACUGAGAAUGACCCAGUUUAUGGCGCUAUUGAUAACAAAGCUGUUACACAAGACAAAYCAUACRGCAACCGAGUUAAGAGAUUCUCUCCACAGAAGUCAGGAGCUGUGAAAUUACCUACCCUAGCAACUAGUGUGCAAUCCGUAAAUACAGAGCCAACGCAGAGUAAUCCAAAUGAAGAUAACAACCCUAACUGUAAAGUAUGCAAGAAAGAAAAACACGAUGUCUCUGUAUGUCCCGCAUUCUCUGAGAAAGAAGUAAAUAGGAGGCGGAAAUUCGCAAGGUUUAACAAAUUAUGUUAUCGAUGUCUAUCUACACAACACAUACAAAGUAACUGCCAAAACAGUAGCAGCUGUCAAGUAAAGGACUGCUCUUCACCUACUACUCAUCACUCCUUACUUCAUAUAGARYGUAAAGACAAUUCUAGUUGGACAGGAUGCACAACAACUGGAAUUAACAGUCAUGCRACAUCAGCUACUUCGAGUAGAAAAUUUGUAAUGCUUAAAGUUGUACCUAUGCGAGUUGUCACAAARGAUGGUAACACUGUCACAACGUAUGGACUAUUGGACUCUGCUGCUGUGACUACAAUGAUCAACUCAAAGCUUGCAAGGAAACUCAAACUUGAAGGAACUCCUGAGAGAAUAAACAUCAAUACAGUCGUUAAAAGCAACCAUGAGUGUAUUCUACCAAACGUCAACUUCGAGAUUACCCCAACUACWAAGAAAGGACCUUGYUUUAAAGUACAUCAAGCACUCGUAGUUGAAACCUUAAACAUACCUGAACAGUAUUGCCCAAACAAUCUGAAAUUGUCGUCAUGGUCUCAUCUUGAAGACCUGGACAUCCCGGAUGUGAAUGUUGACUUAAAUGAAGUGUCAAUUCUAGUUGGACAGGAUGUACCACAAGCACAUAUUGUACUUGAAUAUUGUUGGGGAGACRAUCCCUCAMACCAGCCAUAUGGAAUGAAAACACCGUUUGCGUGGUGUGUAGCUGGACCAACGUGCAAUAAAGAUGUCGACAACAAACCAGUUGCCUUAACUGUUUUCGGAUGUUUUGAAAAGAACCUUGAAAGUCCUGAAGUGACAUUAAAUCAACAAGUUGAGAAGUUCUGGAGUUUGGAGAAUCACGGGUUUGGAGAUUCCAAUCUGCAAACAGAUAGCAUAGAAGACGCAAGAGCACUACAUAUGUUGAAGGAAACAACACAGUCUACUGAUGCUGGAUACAAGGUUGGUCUGUUGUGGAAACGUGACCAYCCUAGCCUACCCAAUAACAAGAAGCUUGCUGAAAGACGACUUGAACAACUUAAAAGGCGCUUUCGACGUGAUGAAGACUUUUCCGAAAAGUACCAGCGUGUAAUAAAUGACUACUUGGAAAAGGGUUAUGCCAGAAAAUUGUCRGAUAGUGAAGCCGAAAGGACAAGUGACGUCACGUGGUACCUUCCACAUCAUGGUGUAGUGAACCCCAACAAGUCAAAAAUCAGAGUUGUGUACGACGCAGCAGCUGAGUACAGAGGAAYAUCUUUAAAUAAAGAACUGUUGCAAGGACCGCAACUUAAUAACACUCUUCUUGGAGUCCUUAUUCGUUUCAGAAAGGAAAGAGUCGCCUUAAUCUCAGACAUAGAGAGCAUKUUCCACCGUGUACAUUGCGCUGAAGAAGACACCGACGCAUUACGCUUUCUAUGGUGGAGUGAAGGUUUCGACAAACCCCCCAGCGAACAUAAAAUGAUGGUUCACUUGUUCGGCAAAAGUGACUCCCCAUGCAUUGCAGCAUGGGCCUUGAAGAAAACUGCCAAAGAUCAUGAACAUGAAUUUGGUAAAGAAGUUUCACAAGUCGUUGAAAGAAACUUUUAUGUUGACGAUUGCCUCGUGUCGGUGACAACACCAGAUGAAGCAAUUGAACUUUCAAAGAAUCUGACUGAAUUGUUAAAGAAAGGAAACUUUAGAUUAACCAAGUUUGCCUCAAACGACAAGGCAGUGCUAUCAGCUAUUCCAGCUGAAGAAAGAACAGUUAAAAACCUUGAUCUAGAUGAAUUUCCUAUAGAGAGGGCUCUUGGAGUCCAAUGGAACAUUGAAACGGACACUCUAGGAGUCAAGCAAUCUGUAACGCAAGGAGAAGUCAACCAAGACAAGAGGARAGAAUGUCUUUCUGUCCUAAGCUCAACAUUUGAUCCAUUUGGCAUGAUAGCUCCGGUACUACUCUCAGCCAAAAGAGUUAUUCARAGAACCUGGCAACUGAAACUAACAUGGGGACGAUCCUCUUCCUGA